UGACAAAACUCCUCGGCUGGUGUGCGCGCAGCAGCAGCAGCAGCAGUGAGCAAGAAUCCAAACUUGCAGCGGAAAUUGACAGUGACCGCUUCAUCAGAACACUACACAUUCUCAAGAGUGCGAGUUCAACGAGUUUAAAUUCCAAAAACGAAACGGAAGGAGGAACAAAAGUCACCUGCUGCUUCUCAACUGACACUGACUCUGAACAACAACGCGACACGGCGAGCAAAACUUAUCGUUGCAGUGGUGAUUGUCAUCACUCAGGAAUAAUCCUAAGAGUAUGUUACUGGCUGUUUCUGCAUGAGAAGGCGAAGGAGCUGCUGAAAGAUGAGUAAAAAAUAUGAAUCGACAAACGUGUCUGAGAUGGAGGAACAUAUUUCACAAAAGUAUGAAAUCAAGAGGAGACUUGGAAAGGGGGCCUACGGUAUCGUGUGGAAAGCAGUUGACCGACAGACCGGGGAGAUUGUGGCUGUAAAAAAGAUCUUUGACGCCUUCAGAAACAGAACAGAUGCUCAGCGGACGUUCAGGGAGAUCAUGUUCCUUCAGGAGUUUGGAGAUCACCCCAACAUUGUCAAACUUCUGAAUGUCAUCCGAGCACAGAAUGAUAAAGACAUUUACCUAAUUUUUGAAUAUAUGGACUCAGACCUGCAUGGAGUGAUAAAAAAAGGCACCCUACUGAAGGACGUCCAUAAACGAUAUGUGAUGUACCAGCUCUUCAAAGCCAUCAAAUACCUGCACUCGGGAAACGUUAUCCACAGGGACCAAAAGCCGUCCAACGUGCUGCUGGACACUGACUGUGUCGCCAAGCUGUGCGAUUUCGGCUUGGCCAGAUCACUCAACCAGAUCCAAGAGGACAGCGGGAAUCCUGCGCUCACAGAGUAUGUGGCGACGCGGUGGUACCGGGCUCCUGAGAUCCUGCUGGGCUCCACAAGGUACACCAAAGGAGUAGACAUGUGGAGCCUCGGCUGUACCCUCGGAGAGAUGCUGCUUGGUAAAGCCUUGUUCCCCGGCACAUCCACCAUCAACCAGAUAGAGAAGAUCAUGAGCGCCAUACCACACCCCAGCCCAGAAGAUAUUCUUGCAAUCAAGUCUGAAUAUGGAUCCUCUGUCAUCCAGAGAAUGCUGCUGAAACCUCAGGUGCCUCUCGUGGAUCUUCUCCAGCCAUCUGUGCCUCCUGACGCACUGGACCUACUGAAGGGUUUGCUAGUCUUCAACCCAGACAAGCGACUUACUGCUGAGCAAGCACUCCAACACCCAUAUGUAGCCAGGUUCCAUAAUCCAGCCAAGGAGCCAUGUCUUCACUAUGAUGUAGUGCUGCCAGUGGAUGAUGAUGUGCAAUUAUCUGUGGUUCAGUACCGCAACAAACUUUAUGAGAUGAUCCUGGAGAGGAGAACGAAUCAGGGAACGCUUAGACUGAUCCCAGAGAAGGACAAAGACUGCAUCAGCAGCAGGGAGAAGCCCAGUGUGAAGGAUAAAGGAGAGACGGGCCCAGUGACAGAGAAUGACAAUGGUGACAAUGAGGGGAAACCACAGCAUGGAAAGAUGGAGGAGAAAAACCAUGUGCCAUUACAGACGAGUGUCACAAAACCCGAACCUGUGAAUGUGUCCACCCCGUGUGCUGUGGAGAAGACGAGUCCAGUAGUUAGCCCUGCUUUGAGAAAAACUACAUAUAAUCCCAUCACACAUGCCCCAAAUGAAUUUGUGAGGAGUCCAGUUGUAUCUCAUUCCUAUUGCCAGUCCACUGCAGCCAGCAGGAAACUUUCAGGACAGACGAGUAAUGGAAAUGCAACAACAUCACCAACAGAGGGCGCCAAUGCCAAUACAUCCAUGGACCAGAUUCUUCAGCGUGGUCGUUCAGCACCCACGGCUCAUAACCGUUCUUUCUCCCUGACCCUAAGCCAGACGCAAAACAACCCGCUUGUACGCAAGGAUGAGCCACCUCUUUCCUCUGGACUACAUGUUACGUCUGCCCGCCUGAACCAGCGGGCCAACCCUCAGGUUCGUGAGGCUCGUCCCCCACAGCGGUUCAGCAAGAAAGUAUUUCAGAGUAACUGUAACGUGGCGGCUGCGGGUGAUCCUCGAGCCAAACUUGGUAGUUAUUCCCAGGCCUAUGGUACAAUCAAUAAGACUGAACUGGACAAUCUCUUGCGAAGUCGUCCUUGCAACCAGUAGCUGCUGUGAUGUCAGUGGUUACACAGGACCCUGAUGGUUACUCAUCUAAACACAACAAUGUUUGUCUUGUGUUAGAAAGAUAACUAAAAAUAAUAAAUAUUGUUAAAAAAAAUAAUAAUACUAGGGCUAUUAGGUCAAAUAGGUCUGUGUACUGUGAAGAAUAUACCCAUGGAAACAUGGAUGUCUAUUCUCUGUCUGUGACAGUGAAUAAAUAUUUGUACAAUGCACUGUGACUUUCUGUUACAUUUAUAUAACUGCACUAGCACUUAAUUGUAAAUGACUUUUCUAGCUUUUAUGAUUGUCAGUGCAUUUAAGAUCUACAUCCGUAAAAUAAUUGAUAUAAAUGCUGCAGGUAAAUAUCCAUCUGUAGGGUUGGGUGUGUAAUUCAGGACUUUUAACUAUACCAACUGAACUAGUGGUUACCGGACGUUAGAUCAGUCAGUGCCAAAUUUGGUAUCUGAAGGUGCCUUUAAGCAACAAGAGGAUUUAGGACUUUGAGUGAGUCAUGUUUGUUUUGAAGUUUUUGUUAUUAAAUGUACUGAAAAAGUACUGAUUUCCAGGUACACAUAUAUUUUACAACGUCAGCAGUACAUAUACUACAUAGUUGUAUGGUAGUUGUAUGUGUUUUAUCUUCUUCAGAUGCAACAUAGCGUAAAGAUAAGCGCUGGGCAAUAUGAUCAAAAACAUUAAAAUGAUAAAGUAGUUGAUAGUGUCGACACUGAUAAGUAUUGCAAUGAAAUAUAUAUAAUUUGUGAGGACUUGGAAUAGUGGAAUAUCAGCGUAGGGCUGGCAGAAAGCUAGCUUCAAAGUGCAAACACAAUCUAUUCAUUCUGAUUUCAAAUGAAUCCAGUUUUUGAUCCCAGUACCCCAGAUGUAUGUGUUAAAUGUGGAACAAAGGGCAUUAAUUCACUGCCUAUGGGAAUGCGGGCAAAUCCAAACCCUCUCAUUUCAAGUAUGAAGUUAUAAUUGUGCCCUAAACUGUGUAUUCUGGGGAUUUUAACAGAGGAAUGUAAACUCAACAAGGAAAAUGACAAGUACUGCUUAUUACAAGCAAAAUACAACAUAGACAGUUCCUGGUAAUCUGUUAGUAGACUGUUUACAAGCCUGGCUAUUGACAUUGUCAAAUACGCAGGUGCCUAUUCUGGACUCUCUGAUUACACCUGGAUGUAUUGCUCUGUCAUGGUGGUUUGUAUGAAUGCCCUGCUAUGGAGUCCUUCCCUGACAUCAUAAAUGUGUUUUUCGUUGUUUUCUUUUGUUACAUGUGUAUGUAUAUGUAUAAUUUGUCUUUCUUUUUGUGAGGUAUAAUAUUUGAGAACUUAAUAAAUACAUUUUGCAAGAAAAUUAUAA